AGCGAUACACCUAAUGGGAUCAACUAGUGAUACGCCUAAUGGAAUCGAGCCGACGACACAACCCAUGGGAUCAAACCAGCGACACACCUGGGGGAUCUGGCCCUUUAAUAACCGCGCGCAGUGGAUAUAAUCACGUGAGAUUACCUCGGUUAGGGUCCAUGUGGGGCGCUAGUAUUCCCACAGUGGCUGGCAAUGGUGGACCAGCAUCAGAGUCCAACACGCCCUUGAGCAGGAGGUCGAACAUAAGGACCCUCACAAACUAAUAGGGAUGGCAGCCCACCUGAACUCAGGUGGAUGCGGGCCUUUCUGUAUGGCGGCCUAUUGUGACCAUAGUAAUACCGAGAUGGUAUUAGUCUCCUCUUGCUAGUGGCACAUGAAUAUUGAAUGGCUUAUACACAUAGUAGUACUUGGUCACCAAUAGCUGCCUGAACAGCAUGCUGGCAGAUUUGCAAAUUGAAAUAUACCAACCUUGGAUAAAAACCCUUGAAUGAGGCGAGUACCAGUGCAAAUGCAUGUCAUGAAUAGUUGCCUAGUUAUCAACCCACGUUCGGUCCAUACGAUCCCACUUCUCUGAAUCGAUGUUAACCUUUGUCCGAUAUUGUCUGGGCAGGGCAGUACCCCUCCAAAAUCCAAUUAAUGUGGAUGUUUACUUGUCUCUUGCAACCAAUCGCAGGAGCCAUACUGUGUUGUUGUAUUUGUUUAUACCUUGAAUCUUUCUCAGUUCUCAGACUACUGCCUCUCUGCACAAAUGAUUAUUGUAAAACAGGUGUCGAUAAAUUCUGACACGAAGAUUGAAAGCCAUAAAUUCUAAUAUUACAAUUCUUCUAGAAGUGAGGGUGGAGUAUCUUGGUAUGUAGCACCUCAAUCUUCCUUUGAUGAAGUUGUCAUAAACCCUGAAAUCAUUAUGUUUUAUAUUAUUUACAAGCUUGCGAAGCCUGAAGCAUUAAGAUCGACAGCAAGAGCGUGUCAAGCUGCAAAAUCUAGUGAUGCAUGAAUCUAUAUGUGUACUGUAAUAGUAGAGUGAGAUCAAUAUUCAACGGUAGCUCAACGCCGGCUGUUGGUACCAGUUGAAGUGUCUCCACCUGUCAUAGCACAACCACAUGUUCGCGUUUCUAGUUUGAAGAUCCAGACAGGACGUAGAGUUACCGAUCAGAUCUGAAUACUACCAUGUAAAACUAAAA